AUGAUUGUAGCUUUAGCACAGUUCCAGUCGCAGCAGAAAUCUGUCACCAUUUCGGACAUAGAUCACGAAGAGACUUUAUUGGAAGAAACAGCUACGCGAGAAGAAACAUACCUUAAUAAAAUUGCUCGGCUAGAAAACGAACUGAGAACGGCACAGAAAGAAUGUGAAAUGAAUCGUUCAGAUCUGGAAAAAUUGCAAAGUCUUUACGCCAGUAAUUCAGAGUUGGUCAAAGAUCUUGAGGGUCAAAAGAGACAUAUGAGGGAAGAACUUAAAGACUUGAAAGGGCGAGAACAAAGAUUAAUGAAUGAAUAUGCAGAGUUAGAGGAAGAAAAUAUUGGCCUGCAGAAACAGGCAUCUAAUUUACGUAGUGCACAAGUGGAGUUUGAAGCUAUGAAAAUGGAGGUAAAACGUUUAUUGGACGAAAAUGAUCAGCUUUUGGCGGAUAGGAAAGAGGCAAAUCAGUUAACUAUGGUAGCUGAGAAACAGCUGGAAGAUGCGCUACUCAACAUCCAAUUAGAGCGAGAUCAGAAGCUAGCUUACAAGAAGGAAUUGGAUCAGAUGCGUAAUGCGGAACAUCUGCAACAGUUAAACUCUAUGCUCUUUGGCUUCCAGUCUAACAGUGACGAAGAUUCGCAGGCUUUGAAACAGUUAGAGUCGUCUUUUAUCGCCGAGGGCAACGGAUUCGGUAGAGGACCUUCAAAAGGUGCUGAUCUUUUUUCUGAAAUUAAUGGAGAUAUGGAGGAAAAGGUGUCUGAAUUGGAGAACAAAAAUGAUGAGCUAUCGCUCAAGCUGAAGGAUGUUCUGCGAGAUAUUGCUUUCGUAACUCCGCUUUUGAGGAAACUUGAAGUAACUAAUAAUGCUGAAGUAGAGCAUAAUCAGUUAAAGCAGCUUUGCGAGUUGGCGUUGUCCAAAAUUGAUGAGCUUUCCGAGAGUGCUGCAAAGGUGGAAUUCGGCGAGAAGAACUUUGGAACCUUGAAAUCCGAUUUACGAGUUGCUGUGAUGGCAGCUGGAGCAUAUUAUGCGCGCAUUGCAGCAGCGCAAGAUCAAAUGAUUGCUGUAGCUGAUUUUCUUUACCGAAUUUACCAUCAGUUGGUCACAACUAACGGUUUGGAAACAGACAAGAAUGCAUCGGAAGUGAUGAAGAAAUUACGGCAGUACGCUAAAGAUAAUGCUGAGAGCGAGGACUUUGUACAAGUUGCUGAUGAAGGAGUCGAAAGCGGUACCGAGACAGAAAAUGGGCAACUGCCUCGAAUAUCUUUAAAUCUUCAACGGCAUGUACUCUCUGCUGCAUUUUUGAAGGCACUGAAUGAAAAACUUGCUGGUCAACGAAUAGAAGAAAUAGUUUCGGAGGGUGACAUGAGAGAAAGAAUUGUACCAGGUGAUGGAGAUAUAUUUAAAGUUUCUGAAUCGCUGAUAGAACUUACAAAAAUAGUGCGAAGGACUGUUGAAAGUGCGAUGAAUGCUCGCGUAGAAGCAGAAGACAACCAAGAACUGGCUCUUCAGAACAUGAAACUUCGGUCACAGCUGGCAACUAAACGAGAGCAGAUAGUGACUUUGCGCACUGUAUUGAGGUCUAAUAAACAAACAGCAGAAUCUGCCUUAGCGUCACUGAAGGAGAAAUACGAAAGUGAAAAGGCUCAGACCCAUGACAUAUUGGAAAAACACAGGAGGGAGCUUAAAGCUUUUAAGGAAGAUGCUGCUACAUUCGCAUCUCAUAGAGCGAUGUUUACCGCACGGUGUGAAGAAUUGCAAGCUGAGGUGGAUGAGCUGAAAGCAAAUCAGAAGGCAGCUGAAGAGGAAAAGAAAACUUUAAAUUCACUUUUACGUAUGGCCAUCCAACAAAAAUUAGCUCUUACACAAAGGCUGGAAGAACUAGAAGUUGACCGAGAGCGCCAAACAUUCAAGCGCGGAAACAAAGCAACUAAUAGACCCAGUGGGGACAUGUCCAGUCAGUUGCACAGAGUGCGAUAUCCUCCUCAAAAUUCGCAGCAGCAAAGAAAUUUAAAAAGGGAUUACUGA